GGGCUUUCUGUUGCUGACGGCCUCGGCAACAUCAAGAGCCUUUUUUUGGCAGACGAUGCCAAACAACAGCAGCAUCUUUUGAGAUCAAUAUGUCAAAUGAGUCAGACCAGACAAGUGACGCAAUCGAAAGCAGUGGGAGGCUCCGAGGACGUGGGACAGCAGCUGCAUCAACUGACGACAGGAGGAGCAGCUUCUUGUCCUAAGGGUGGAGGACGACAAGCGAUUUCCACAACGUUUAAUCCCAAAAAUCACUUGCAGCCUAUUCGGACGACCAUUCAGCACGCAGGCAGUACAACGAUGCCCUCAGCAGCAGGAGAGUUAAGACUCGCAAACUGUCAUAUUCAUCGACUUCUAGGGUCUGGUUUAGUUGUAAAAAAUCUGUUGUGAACCUGCUACUUUUUUUUUUGUAUUACUUCUUCUAUCUCCGGCAAUUAUUAUCUAUCACGUAAACGUUAACGUAAAGCAAGCAAGAACGAAAGUACCGCCAGGAAUGUAAAGCAAUACAAGUUCUAAGACAACCGUACCAACAUCAAGAGAAUCAAGCGGUGCAGACGAACGGAGGUGCACAACAGCAAAAUGCUGGUGGAGGACCUUCCGCAGUGGCUUCCGGGGUAACAUCAGCAGUGCCAUGGCUAGCCGCUUUGCAGCAGUUAGCGGGUGGAGCGAUAAAAUCCAUUACGCUCUUCAAAUUUGAACUUAGAUUUACCCUUCGCAAAGACGUGCUGGACCACAGUAGACGUGGACCACAGUUGUAUCCCUCAACAGACUGAAAUUUUACGAAGGUAAUCUGAUAUUCUCAGACAUGUUGUUCUAAUCAAACGACUGUGACAACAUCAUCAACUACAACAGACUCAUCCUCGAUUUCGACAGCCAACGAAGUCGAGCAAAGAAGUCUGGCAAACAGGAACAUCACAGCGGCUGCAGCGAGUCAAGCUGACAAUUUGAAGCAAGUAGGAGGGACAAAAGGAGCAUCGGGCGGAGGUCCAGUUCCAAAUAUCGGGUUAGCAGGAAUGGAAAUCCAGCAGGUCGAAGGCGGGAG